GCCGGCUGAGCACCUCCCUUCCCGGGCGGGAGCGCGGCGGGUGGAGGUGUCGGCCGCGCCGGGGCGUAUCUUCUGAGGAGUGCCAAAGAUUUAAUUGCUGAUUACUUUUGCUAGUCCUCCAGCCAGCAGAGCUGAGGAAAUUGUUCCCUCUUCUGAAAGAAAGAACAUACCAACUACGAACAGAUGUCCUUUCCAGAUCUAUCAGACUUUCAGCCUCUGAAUAUUUAAAGUCACAUCUAGCACACAACAGGCCAGAAGGAUUGCCUGGCUCUUAGGGCACUAGAGCUUGAGAUACAGGAGACAGGUUCAAUCCCAGCUUUAUCUGACUUUCGACAAUGGCCUUCAGACACAAAAACACAAGACGAAUUGAAGGCCUUGAUAGCAAUGUAUGGGUUGAAUUUACUAAGGUGGCAGCAGAUCCCUCAAUUGUUAAUCUUGGUCAAGGCCUUCCUGAUAUAUCCCCUCCCACCUAUGUCAAAGAAGAGCUAGCAAAGGCAGCAGCAGUUGACAGACUGAACCAGUACACUCGAGGCUUUGGACAUCCAUCACUGGUAAAAGCUUUGGCUCAGGUGUACGAGAGAGUUUGUGGAAGAAAGAUUGAUCCUCUCACAGAUAUCCUGGUGACAGUGGGAGCUUAUGGAUCUCUCUUUAGUACAAUACAGGCAUUAAUUGAAGAAGGAGAUGAAGUAAUAAUAAUAGAGCCAUUUUAUGACUGUUAUGAACCAAUGGUAAGGAUGGCGGGUGCAAAGCCUGUUUUUAUACCACUGAGAUGUAAAAAUGAUGGGAACUCUGCAUCUAGUGCUGAUUGGGUCUUAAAUCCUGCUGAACUUGCAAAUAAAUUCAAUUCCAAAACAAAAGCGAUCAUUCUGAAUACCCCACACAACCCUUUAGGCAAGGUGUUUACCAGAGAAGAGCUCCAGAUAAUAGCUGAUCUCUGUAUUAAGCAUGAUACCCUCUGCAUCAGUGACGAGGUGUAUGAAUGGCUGGUGUACAAAGGAAAUAAACACAUUAAAAUAGCUACAUUGCCAGGUAUGUGGGAAAGAACAAUAACUAUAGGAAGUGCUGGAAAAACAUAUAGUGUAACUGGCUGGAAGCUUGGCUGGUCUAUUGGCCCCCAGAACCUGAUUAAGCAUUUGCAGGUUGUUCACCAAAAUACACUGUAUACUUGCCCAACUCCAUUACAGGAGGCUUUGGCACAAGCACUUUGGAUCGACUACAGGCGCAUGGAUGACCCAGGCUGCUAUUUUCACUCUCUGUCUCAAGAGCUGGAAAGCAAGCGUGACCGGAUGGCUCGGCUGCUCCAAGAAGCUGGGCUGAAGCCUGUAGUUCCAGAUGGAGGAUACUUUAUGAUUGCUGAUGUUUCUACAUUAAAUGUGGAUCUCUCAGAUGUAGAUGGGAAGCAACCUUAUGAUUAUAAAUUUGUCAAAUGGAUGAUAACGUCUAAGAAGCUGUCAGCAAUUCCUCUUUCAGCAUUCUUUGGUCCUGAGACAAAAAAGAAGUUUGAAAAAUAUAUACGUUUUUGCUUCAUUAAGAAAGACAGCACACUAGAUGCAGCUGAAGUGAUCCUGAAGAACUGGAAUAAACAGACAGCCUGAUCUUUAGUAUGAAUUCUUCCAUCCAGUGCCAUUAUCUAAUAGUAGGGGAUUUUAUUGCAAAUUUAACAGUAAGUUACUUAAUACAGUACAGAAUUAAUAUGACAUUGUAAAUAACUUCAUGCUGCCACCUGCUGAGGAGUUAAAAUGAUUAUUUAAGAUAAUGGAUGCAGUGCAACUUGGUGGUUCUUUUAAAAAUAAUUUACUUUUUUCCUCAGAAAAAAUAUAUAUGUGGGAUUCUCUUCUACUGACUGAAAAACAUUUAUAGGACUUCAUGAAAUAAUCAGAUGAGACAGUUAUUUUCAAACUUACAAGUAAAAGGUGGUGGGUGUUUUAGGUAUGAGAUAUUAUAGAAACGAGGGGUGUUGGACCUAAACAUUGUGGUCUGUGAAACCCCAAUAGCCUGCAGUAGAGGAAAAUUAUGAUAUGCUUCGCAUUAGAUAAUUCCAGUGGAUUUUACACACAUACUUACCUACCCUGUCCAUACACAAAUUGCAUAAUUUUAAAUAAAAUGAUUGAUUUAAAUCAAUACAGUGCUUAUACAACAGGAAAGAUUGAAGAGUGCUAAGUUGCGUAAUUACUGUUAUUUUCCCACAGUACCCAUAUUUGUUGUUCUGAAGGUAUUCAGUCCUAAAUAAAUUUAUAAAAGGUGCAUCUAGAAUAGGAAUUGUAUUUGCUCAUGUCUACCUAUUUAUUUAUUACAUGGAUGAAUCUACAAAGCAGAAUGGAAGACUGCUUCAGAGGCUUCUUCACAGACAGAUGUACAGUGACAUAGUUGAUGCUAUCAUCCUUUUUCUUACCAUGUUCACAACAUUGGUGCCCUCACACCAAAUACCUCAAACUCUUUACAUCUAGGGGAGUGUGGAGAUGGGCCUAAUGCUGUUCUUUGGAGCUCAACUGACUUUGUUUCAAGCUCAGUUGAUAAAGGACUCUUUCAAAAGAGAUCAAUAUGGAGAAUUCCUUUCCAAUUGCCUCCUAUUCCAAUUCUCUCUGAUCUUUUAACCUGAGGAUGGGUUUCCCACUAGCAGAAGCACUCUAGGUAGGUAACCUUCCAAAGCUGUGUUGUGUUCUCCAUGUUGUUUCUAAAUCCUUCCCACAGGCCUCAUGGUGGAAGGCCUGAACAAAUUCAGUAUCCAGUUUUGCAAAUAUUUCUGUGAUCACAAAGUUGAAUUCUUAAGUGAAUGCCAUCAGGCUGUGACCAUGGCCAUGGCCUAAAAGAAGUAUAAAAACUGGAGUAUGAGAACAUUUGCUAGGCUUUUUCAUUAGUGCUUCUUUGUCUUGGGCUAUUGGGAGUCCAGUAACUGGUACUUCAGUAGUCUUUGUUAACUGUAUUGCACUGCCAUUCCCCAAAUCUCACCAGAAGGAUGGUAUUUUUAAGGUGGUCUGUGAAGUCUUUAUGCAUAAAAAUCAAUUUAGUAAUGCAGAUGACUUAACAGAAAUUUCAGCAUGAACUUUAUGUGGAUAUUGCUACACUAAAUUCCAGAAGGAACUAGUUUUUAAAAGACUAAAUUUCUGUGAAAUCUACACAAGUAGUUUAAAAUUUGUUUAUCUAAGUUGCAAUGGGAAGCUGUGCUGCUGCAGGAACUAAGAGGGUGGUGCAACAGUCUGUUGAGCUGCAUGAUAAUUUUGGAAAGGAAAAUGUAAAAUAGUCUGACACUUUAAUUGAUAAGUAAAUUUUUAUAAAACUGAGCAAAUCUUUCUAGCAUAAA